AUGUCUGACUAUCUUCCUGUGGAAGUCAUUACCAACAUAUUACUCAGGCUACCCGCUAAGUCUUUGGUCAUUUGCACCUCAGUCUGCAAGUCCUGGAGGUCCAUGAUUAAAGAUUCGAGCUUUAUUGGCGCCCACCAUAGCCGCACAAUCGAUUCCAACAACCGCCAUGGCACUCACCUCCUACUACUACACAGGUUUUAUCCUAAAGAUUCUAGCCUUGAGGGCCGCAAUAGUUCAGUCGAUGGGGUGAAAAAUGAUGUAUACUCGUUGCAUUAUGAUAAUAGUUCUUUUGAUGAUUGUUGCGAGAUAGGAUUACAAUGUCCAAUUGCUGAGAGGGGAAUGCAUAACGAGUGUUUCCGUGUGGUUGGUGUUUGUAAUGGGCUGGUAUGCCUAGCAGAUGAUUUAGAAUGUUAUGGUUACACCUUCUUGAUUUGGAAUCCCUCUAUAAGAAAGGUAGUAACCCUUCCCAGUCCUGGCCUUACCUUUCAAACAGUUGGUGGGUAUGAUGCUUAUCAUGGGUUUGCAUUUGAUGCUGUUACCAAAGACUAUAAGGUGGUGAGGAUUGUCGAGGAUCAAUAUGGAUGGAAUGACAAAGAAGCUGAAAAUCGAACUUUUGUGGAGGUUUAUUCACUAGCUGCAAGCUCAUGGAGUAGUAGUAGGUUAAUUGAUCCACAAUGUGGGUUAUCUGGUAUACGCUCACCCUCAGCUUUUGUUAAUGGGGCUCUACAUUGGGAUGCACACGGUUUGAGGAGUAGCACACGCCGCUAUUUUAUAUUGGCAUUUGAUGUGGGCAGUGAGUUAUUUCAGGAGAUAAUGAUGCCAAAGUGUUUGGAUUGGGAUUCAUUAUGCCUAGGAGGCAUGACAUUGCGAUCGUCUGUUUCAGGAGAUGGAAAUUCUCUUGCUCUGUUCGUGAGGUGUUCUAGUGAUAGCAAUGCCGACUCUCUACUUGAUGUGUGGGUAAUGAAAGAAUAUUGUGUGGAGGAGUCGUGGACCAAAUUGACAACUCUCCGCCCACCUGGUCCUGAAGGAAAUUUGCAUAAAGCUUUAUGUUUUAGAAAGAGUGGUGAAGUAGUGAUGAUAUGUAAUUUUGGGUGGGAUUAUUAUGGAAGCCGAGAUGCUGAAAGUGAAUUAGUUUCGCUAGACCUUGUAAGCGGACAUUUCAAGAAUCUUGGGAUUUGUCGAUAUAAACAUUACACCAUGGAUCCUUAUGAGGAAAGCCUUGUCUUACUUGACAGGAGUGAAGCUGUUUCUUGCUGA